UUAGAAAUCAGGCUGCAGCGCAUUUCGCGGGCAUGUGAAGUCUUCGUAGAUGCAGCCUUAAUUACGGACGUUCCGGGUUGCUAAUUCCUAUAGCAACUUGGUAGUGAUCUGACGUGACCGUGGGGUUGGUCGAAUCCAUCUCCUACAUCAUCCGUUGGAAUUAAGUUGGGGUUCGGGCCCAUCAUCACAUCUCCUUCGUAAUUUUGACUUGCCUGCCACACAAACACCAGGCUUUGUUGCACAGUCUGCAUUUUUUGCCCAACUCGACGGGAGACUUUUCUUUUACCUCGAGACAUCAAGGCCGUCGCACGCAGUGUCCUCUCGAGGUCGCUUACCUCACCGACCAGAAACCCCCACCUCUGUACUGACGCCCGCCUGGCACGAGAAAGUCACGACGCCAGCGCUCGCGAUUGCACUUGGAAUGCCGCAAUGAUAUCUCGCUGAAUUAUGGACGAGACCAUGUCAACGCAGGAGCGGCAGCUCUGCGAGAUUCUUGCCGGCCUGCCCGCGAAACACCGCUACAACUACGAUGCGAACGCCGCCCACGAGCUGCUCCAAGCUCUCUUUUGGUCUCUGGCAGGCGGCAAGCGAGACCACUUUGACCUUCUCUUCCCCGACGGAAGAAUUCCCGAGAGCUUGAGCCUCAGAGAGGCGCAAGGCGCUAUGGAUGGCGCCGAAUAUACCGAAGCCGCGCGUGGGAAGCGAUGUGGGCAUAUCUUCAAGGCAGGCGAAGCAACGUACGCAUGUCGGACGUGCGGCACAGACGAUACAUGCGUCCUGUGCGCGAGAUGCUUCGAGUCGACUGAUCACGAGGGCCACAUGGUUCGAAUGCACAUUUCUGUGGGAAACAGCGGCUGCUGUGAUUGCGGAGACGACGAAGCAUGGAAAACAUCCUUGUUCUGUACGAUCCACUCGCAGAUCGAGACGCAGGAGGGCAAGGGAAAGGGCAAGGCCAUCGCUGAACCAUCGGAAGAGAUGUUGGGUAGCAUACGGAUGACAAUGGCCCGGGUGCUGGAUUACGUGUGCGACGUCAUCUCUUGCUCGAUCGAACAACUGCGCGAAGACAAAUCCCGAGAGUCUGUGCUCAGAGACGAGGAGUCUGCUCGGCUUCUAUCCAAAUACUACGGUCCAGACGCAGGGCCAUGCGAAGAGUUUUCCUUGAUCCUUUGGAACGAUGAGAAGCACACGGUACAAGAAGUUCAGGAUCAAGUGGCCAGGGCAUGCCGGAAGGAGCGCAAGGACGCUGAGAAGGAUGCUUGGACAACCGACGCGGUGGGCCGAUGUAUACUGAAGUCGAUGGACGACGUUGAUGCCCUCUUGGACAUGGCCCGGAUUAUCGAAGCUAUCAGAAUCACCGUAACAGUCAGAUCGGCAAGGGACACCUUCCGGGAGCAGAUGUGCGGCACCAUCAUCGAAUGGCUGAACGAUGUAGCAGGAUGCGCCGUUGGUAACGACAAUCAAAUACUUGGACACGCAGUCUGCGAGGAGCUCAUGCGUCCAUGGCGCGUGGGCAGUCGCGCGACCCAGCUGUCUGGUGUCAUUGACGAUGAGGAAGAAGACGAUCAGAACAUGUACAUUGGACCGGGUGGUCUCAGCACCGCUCGUCUUCAGCUUCUGAUAGCUCGCCGCGUAGGCGUCGAUGCCAGACAGGUCGACUUCGAGAUCGAGGUAGACAACGAUGAGGACGAUGAUGAUGACAUGGGGGAUGGCUUUGAUAUUCACUCUUAUGCUGGGUCCAGCGAGGCCGGCGAUGAGGACGAAGAUGGCGAAGACGCAAUGAUGGCGGAUUCGAGGGAAGAGGUCGGCGACCCAAGCGUGAACUGGGGUCAACCCGAAGCACUGGAGGAAGACGAGGCCACGAUGGCGGGCUACCCUCCCCCUCCCCCUCCACCGCCGGGCGGUCCUGCUCGUACGCAGCCUAGAGAGCGUGAUGCGACACCAUCUGACUCCGACACGGGCCAAGAGCCCCUGAUCACCAUGGUCCCCUACGAGAAAGCUAACGCCGACAUUCCCAAAACGCCCGGCAAGACGGAAAAGGUGGUGCCAAAGCCGCCGCGGUACUGGCUAGAGACACCUGCAGGAUACACUGAUCGCAACUACCAACAUCCCGCCGAGAAUGUCUUCCAGCGUGUGCGACUUGACUGGCUCCUAUUGUUUGACCUGCGCAUGUGGAAGAAGGCGAGGACAGACCUACGUUCAUUGUACAUCUCGACGGUGGUCUCGAUCCCAGAGUUCAAACGGCUACUCACGCUACGGUUCUCCAGCUUGUAUACCACACUCGCCCAGCUAUACCUCAUUGGAGAUCGCGAGCCCGACCACUCGAUCAUCAACAUCUCCCUUCAGAUGCUCACAACACCCUCGGUAACGGCGGAGAUUGUCGAGAGGGGUAACUUUAUGACCACGCUAUUUGCGAUCCUGUACACGUUCCUCACAACGCGACAAGUCGGUCACCCGUGGGACGUGGCGGCCGAUGCCGUCCUAGCCUUCGAAAGCGGCACUGUCACCAACCGAAGGAUGUAUCACUUUUACCAGGAUCUCAAGUACCUAUUCCAAGCGCCUCACGUCAGAGAACGGAUCCGGAACGAACCCAGGUAUCUCAUGCAGUUCCUGGACCUCGUCAAGCUGCACCAGGGCAUUGGUCCGAACCUCCGUGCCGUCGUCGAGCACGUUGAAUACGAGGCUGAUUCGUGGAUCACCGCGUCUCUGGUGACCCGGCAGAUCAACACGCAAGCGCGCGCCUUGUGCGAGUCCUUCAGGUCCAUCACCCCUGAGGAGAUGCCCUACCUGCAGAGAGCCAUUCGGUUCACGGCGAAGACUGUGAUUCUCAACUCGAUCGGCGCAGAGAGGCACAGAUUCAAGCAAGCUGAAGUCAAGGAACCUGUCAAGUUCAAGACUGUGGACGACUUUGAGUUCAAUGGGGACGAUACCAAGUACUCGGUGGUGAACUUUGUUGUGGAAAAGGGGCACAUCAGCUUCCAUCAUGGGCUGCACUACACCCUGUCCUGGCUGAUUGAGUGUGCUCGGUCACUUGACGCCACUACUGUUCGGGACCUGCUGAGCUUCUCGUUGCAAGAUCUUCAGUCCAAACCACGCUUGAUGGGGAAGCUGAGCAUUGCCAAAAGAGAUCUCACACCAGAGGACUAUCUGAUGGCCGCCUUUGAUUAUCCUCUUCGGGUGUGCGCAUGGCUCGCACAAAUCAAGGCCAACAUGUGGGUUAGGAAUGGCAUCAGUCUGCGUCACCAAGCUAGUACGUACCGUGGCAUCGCCCAGCGAGAUGUGUCCCAUCAGCGAGACAUCUUCCUGUUGCAGACGGCUCUGGUGAUUUGUGACUCCAGCCGAGUGCUGGCAUCCAUCAUCGACCGCUUUGGCAUGGACUUGUGGGUGAAGGGCCUGUACGAGGUCAAGUCGGAGGCGCAGGACGAUGCGCAGCACCUGGACGUGGUCGAAGACAUGCUGCACUUGUUGAUCGUCCUGCUCAGUGACCGCACGGUGAUUACAGCACCACAGGGACAGGCGAAUCACCGCCACCCUGCUAUGCGCCGCGACCUCAUCCACACAUUGUGUUUCAAGCCUCUGUCGUUCAACGAGAUCUGCAACAAGGUCCCGGAGAAGUACCAAGAAUCAGAGGAUUUCCAGGAUCUGCUCCAUGAAUUAGCCACCUACAAGCCCCCUGAGAAUAUCUCAGAUGUAGGCAUGUUCGAGCUGCGUCCUGAGUUUAUUGAGGAGAUCGACCCUUAUAUCGCGCACUACAACAAGAAUCAGCGCGAGGAGUCUGAAUUGGCCUUCCGUAAGAAGAUGGCGAAGCAGACAGGAAAGACCCCCGACGAAAUUGUCUACGAGCCGAAGCCUACUCCUAUCCCAUCGGGUCUCUUCAAGGACUUGGCUGGCUUCACAGGCACAGGCACAUUUGCGCAGAUCAUUUACUACUGCCUCCUCUACCCACUCAGUGCGCAGCAGUUCACGCCCAGCAUCCCCUCGACACGCCUUGAGCCCUACCUGCAGGUCGUGCUCCAUCUUGUACUCCUGGCGAUACACGAGGAUGAGAGCGACGAGAACUCCAUGGUAGACGAGAACAAGGGCUCCUUUGUGCAGAUUGCACUGACCAGACCCGCGCGGGCCAACCCGCCUUCGAGCCACCGUGAAGCAAGGACCAUUGUCGCUCUUCUUAAUCUGAUUGCGUCCAAGGAGGAGUACAAGUCGGCGCACCCCAAGAUCCAUCUCGUGCUGAAGCGACUCAAGCAAAAGCGUCCCGUCACCUUUGAGCAAGCAUUUGUGCAUCUAGGGAUCUCGGUCGACCGCGUCAAUACGGCUUCGCCUGCCAAUGCUUCUGCUGAGGAGGAGCGGGAGCGGAAGAAGAAGGCUGCGCUCGAGCGCCGCGCCAAGGUCAUGGCCCAAUUCCAAGAACAGCAGAAGAGCUUCAUGGACAACCAGGCUGACAUUGACUGGGGCGAGGACAUUGAAGAGGACGUGGAAGAGCAUCAGGAGCAGGGUGAGGGCCGCAAGCACACCUGGAAGUUUCCUACAGGCACUUGCAUCCUUUGCCAGGAGGUGGCCGAUGAGCGGAACCUGUACGGCACAUUCACUCUGCUCAGUGAAAGUCGCUUGCUACGACAGACGGACUUCCAGGAUCCCGACAUUGUGCGGGAAGCCCUCCAGACGCCUUGCAACCUCGACCGCUCGGCAGAGGACAUUCGGCCGUUUGGUAUCGCCCAUGAGAACCGGCACAUGGUGGAGAAGCUCAACACCAAGGGCGAGAAGAUUCUCGCCGAGCGCCAGACCGUUGGCAGAGGCUUCAAACCCUCGCAAUCGCGACCGGGCGUCGUGGCCAGCGGGUGCGGCCACAUGAUGCAUUACCGCUGCUUCGAGACAUACUACGAGGCCACGUCGCGGCGCCACACGCAGCAGAUUGCCCGACACCACCCGGAAGAAGUCAAGAAGAAGGAAUUUGUGUGCCCGCUCUGCAAAGCUCUCGGCAAUGCGUUCUUGCCGAUCAUCUGGAAGGGCGUGGAGGAGUCCUAUCCCAGUCACCUUGCACCAGAGAGCGACUUUGCAGAUUGGCUAGCUCGUAACUUGGGUUCAGAACAGUCUGUUGUGUCCGGCAAGGCGCCGGAUGUGGAAGAAAUGGGGAGCGUGUCGCGCAUUCCAAGUUACUUCUCGGCGUUGGCUGAAGCCAUCGGUCGUUCCAUGGCGCCAAGGGACGGCGACAACGAGGAUGACAGCGCCGAGUCGGAGGGGACAAUGGCCGACUCGGAGUCGGACGUGUCAACGCCUGUUGCUGCUUCGGGCAGCUCGACGUUGGAGUCGGACCUGACGGCGGCGUAUCGCAGGUUGCGCACCACGAUUGAGAGCAACGCUUUUGGUUCUCGGCCUUGGAUGGGCUUUGAUGCUGUGCCUGGCGAUAUGGCGCAGAGCGACGUUAUCAUUGAAGCUGUUGGGUACACUAUAUCGUGUGCCGAAAUCCAGCAGCGAGGCCAAGAGGUACAGCCUGGGCUGACGUUGCUUGACAAGAUCCCCGACCAUCUUCUCACGCACCUGCGCGUCCUCUCCGAGACUGCCACCUCAUACCUUAGUAUGGCCUCCAAGCGGGACCGAGGACGCAGCGGACGCUCGGCUCACACCGAUAAGAAUGCCGUGCGCCAACACACGCAGCUCCUCAUCGGCCGCAGCUUCUCCUCGGAUUCCGACGAGUCUCGCCGGCGCAUUGAUCUCUACGAGCCGCUCUUGAGCAAAGACACAUUCUUGUUCCUAACAGAGUGCUCUUUUGGCCUCGUCCCUGCACAAGGUCACGACAUUGCCCACAUUCUGAGGCUGUGUUAUCUCGCAGAGAUUGUCAAGGUCAUCCUCCACAUGUCGCAGAACAUGCCCACAAAUAAGUGGUUCGGGCCACUACAGCAUAGGCAGACCGAGGACGAGGCCAUCAACAACUUUGCAGAGUUCGCCCUGGCAGUGUCACAGUUCACUCUGGACGUUGACCUGGCAAGGUACAAUGACGCGGGAGUGCCUGUGGGAAACGAGGCCUUUAUGCAGCCAGGGUUGGACACGGUGGAGGGAUGGUACAUCUUUGUCAAGAAGUACGCACUCACCUUCUUGCGAAAGUGUGUGCUUCUGAUGAACAUCACUUGGGGCGUGGACUUUAGCGCCUCCAUCACCGCCAAUCCCGAGGCCGAAGAGCUCGAUCGCCUCACAGAGGUCCUGCGUGUUCCCUCGUUCGACCACAUGUGCGCGAGCCUGACGCUGAAUGCGGAGGCCGCUGGCUGGCCAUCUCGAACCAUAUCGAACACGGUGCAGGGUUGGGUCAAGCACCAGAUGCUGAACCACACUGGUGGCGGCGAGAACAAGCACGCGUUGGUGAGCCAUCCUGGCAUAUUUGAGCUUGUCGGUCUCCCCAAGACAUACGACGCGCUCGUGGAGGAAGCAACAAGGAGAAAAUGCCCCACGACGGGCAAGGACCUGACCGACCCCAUCAUGUGCUUGUUCUGUGGGGAGCUCUGCUGUAGUCAAGCAACGUGCUGCAUGGACAAGUUGACUCGUUUGGGCGGAGCGCAGCAGCAUGUCCAACGCUGCCAAAACAGCGUCGGCGUCUUCCUCAACAUCAGAAAGUGCAGUAUACUAUACUUGUUCCGCACCUCGGGAUCGUUCACCCCGGCACCCUACAUUGACAAGUACGGCGAGACGGACUUUCAGUUGCGCCAUGGACGCCAGCUCUUCUUGAGCCAAAAAAGAUAUGAUACGAUGAUCCGGGCCACGGUAUUGAACCACGGCGUGCCCAGCCUGAUCAGCAGGAAACUAGAGGCAGAGAUUAACAACGGGGGAUGGGACACAUUGUAAUCGUGGGGGUAGUGGCAGUAGUGGCCUGCGAGAGAUGUUCUGGGUGCACGCAUCAUCGGCUGAGCUGAUCCACCGGGGAAGUGAUAAUACGGAUAUGGAUCUUAUGAGUGGCAUUGCGUUUGUUGCCUUUGCGAUCGUACCUUAAAUUAGCAAGCUGGGAUAGUAAUUAUGACACCUCGAGGCUCGAGACGAUGAAGUUGAUGCAGGUACAG